AAAUAAGGACUCAUAUAUGAGUAAGAAUUACUCUUUCAUGAUUGCAUAAUCUUGAAGGAAAAUGAUUAAUUCAUGAAAUUUGAUUCAAGAAAUGAUUAGUGAAUAAAUGAUAGAACAUGGGGUGUAAUCUUCUACAAAAAUUAAAACCUUUCUAUGGAAAUAAACCCAGGUGAGAUUAAGAAAUUUAUCUAAAGAAUUUUGAAAAAUGAAAACAAAAAUCAUCUAUGUGUUAGUGUUAUUACAGAGGGUUAGGAUUAGGAAAAGGGUUUAACAUGAACAUGAAAGCACUGAAUCCUUGCUAUUGGGGAUUAAAUAAUGGGAAAACAAUAAAAAACAGUGAUUAUAAAUCAUAAGCACUUGGCAGUUGGAUCUUCUUCAGUGGUGCUUCGGCCAACAAAGAUAUAUUAUUUUUGAGGCCUCUCCCUCUCACACUCAACUCUUUCCUUGUUUGGACUUUGGAGUGAGAAACAAGAGAGAGAGAGAGAGAGGGGGUUGGACUUGUGUUUGGGAGGGAAAAAGCUCAGAGAGACACCCAAGUGGGAGAGAAAGCGGAUGGAAAAAAAGAGAGAGAUGUUUGCAGGUGAGAAUGGGUUGCAAGGAGACCCAAGGCUGAAGGCCAUAUCAGAAGCCAUUAGAGUGGUGCCUCACUUCCCAAAGCAAGGUAUCAUGUUUCAAGACAUAACAACUCUGUUACUGGAUCACAAGGCCUUCAAGGACACUGUUGAUAUCUUUGUUGAUCGUUACAGGGACAUGGGCAUCUCUGUCGUGGCUGGAGUUGAAGCGAGAGGAUUCAUGUUUGGUCCUUCUAUUGCUUUGGCCAUUGGAGCAAAAUUCGUUCCUCUUCGGAAACCUAAAAAGUUGCCAGGAGAAGUUAUUUCUGAAGCAUAUGUUCUGGAAUAUGGAACCGACCGUUUAGAAAUGCAUGUUGGAGCUGUUCAACCUGGGGAACGAGCAUUGGUGAUUGAUGAUCUGAUUGCUACAGGUGGGACCCUCUGCGCAGCGAUAAAACUAUUAGAACGUGUGGGAGCUGAAGUAGUAGAAUGUGCAUGCGUUAUCGGGUUGCCUGAGGCUAAGGGACAGUGCAGGUUAAACGGAAAGCCAUUGUACAUCCUUGUGGAGCCCCGCAAGUAGACAAUUGUUGUCAUGUGACAAGAGGCUCAGUCAUUUGAAGUAUCACCUAUUACUGGGAUUGUGGGCUGUGGUGCCCUGCAAGCAAAGCUCAGCUCCCCUUGUGGAUCAUCUUCUCAAUGAGGCAUGCUCUCACAAAGCUCCAUUUGUGCAAUUUUCUGGUUCUUGAGUCAAGUCAGUCUAGUGAAGAAUCCUCUCCUUUUGUAGGCGCUUGUGCCUUUUCUUUCUUUUCUUUUCCCUUUUUUUUCCUUCUUUUAUUGUAGUUUUAAUCAGAAAUGGGGAUGAAAUGGCUGAGAAGCAGUGGGCGGGCAGCAAUUGCCUAUAUUCAAUUUGUUAAAUUUGUACCCAACUCUGAAUUUUCAAGAAUGUAUUGAUUGUGUACGCCUAUUCCACCACCA